AGCCACAACAAAAAAAAUCAAACACGUCAAGCAAUUCACUUCAAAGAACAUUUAACAUGGUUAAAGCAAUUAGAGUUUAUGAAUAUGGUGGCGUUGAGGUGAUGAAGUGGGAAGAUGUGGAGCUAGGAGAACCGAAAAGCGGACAAAUCAGAGUGAAAAACAAGGCGAUUGGGGUAAAUUAUACAGAUGCUUAUGCACGUAAAGGUCUACUGGAAUCUUUCAAUCAGCCAUUGCCAUUCACACCAGGUUGUGAAGCUGUUGGAGUUGUAAUAGCAGUCGGCCCUGAUGUCACUAACUUCAAAGUUGGAGACAUGGUGGCGUUUGCUUACCGCUUCCAGGCGUCCACUUAUGCUGAAGAAAUGGUUCUUUCUGCGGAUAGAGUUGUAGCAGUUCCGCCUUCUAUAGAUCCUGUUGUAGCAGCUGCUGUAAUCUUUAAGGGAUUGAGUGCUCAAGUUUUGGUCAGACGUUGCUUUAAGGUUGGACCUGGACAUACAAUCCUUUUCCAUGCUGCAGCAGGAGGUGUUGGAUCUUUGGCGUGCCAAUGGGCAAACGCGCUUGGAGCCACGGUUAUCGGGACUGUUUCAACAAAAGAGAAAGCGGUUCUAGCAAAGGAAGAUGGUUGCCACCAUGUCAUCAUCCACAAAGAAGAAAACUUUGUUGAUCGCGUUAUGGAGAUCACAUCAGGAAAAGGAGUUGAUGUAGUAUAUGACUCUGUUGGGAAGGACACAUUUAGGGGCUCGUUGGCGUGCUUAAAGGUCCAUGGGUACGUGGUGGCAUUUGGGAUGGCAUCAGGUGAACACGAACCUCUAAGAUUCAUACAAGCGGCACAAAAAUCAAUUUACUACACUGCUGUAUCAACAUAUUCUUAUGUAGCACAACGAGACGAGCUUCUUGCAGCUUCACAAGAACUAUUUUCUAAUAUCGAAAAUGGAGUUCUGCGAGUUCGUUUAUACCAGACAUAUCCUCUGUCACAAGUAGCGCAAGCCCAUUUAGACAUGGAGAGUCGAAAAUCCACCGGUUCAAUCGUGUUGGUACCCGAUGCCUAACCAAUUUACAUAUGUUAUAGUUCAUUAACGUCGGUUUUUUAAGUGUGAUGAUAAAUUAGUUAAUUUGUAUUAACUAUUAAGUUUGUUGUUUCAUUAUAAAAAAUAUAUAAGCUGAUAUAAAUCUUCACUUAUUAUUUUUUUAAA